AUGUGUGUGGAAAACAGUCUCGAAUUAGACGUAUACAAAGAAUUCAACAACCUCUCAGCAUACGUAAUAUCAAGAACUGCAUUCAGUAGCAAUUUUGAAGAAGGAAAGCGCGUCUUCGAGUUGCAAGAUCAGCUUGUUAGGAUUGCAUCGGAAGCCAUACGAAGUGUUUACAUCCCCGGAUUCAAGUAUCUUCCAACCAAGAAAAACCGUUUAAGCUGGAACCUUCAACGAGAAUCAAAAGAGAUGAUUACAAAGAUCAUCGAGAAGAAUAACAAAACGAAGGAAAACCCUAAAGCUCUACUUUCGUUGUUAAUCUCUCCUUACAAGACGGGGAACAUAGAGAAGAGACUCAGUCUCGACACUACUAGAAAAGGGUGUAAGUUGCCACAAAAAAUACCUACAAAUUUUUUCUGUAGGAAAAUACCUACGGAAUAG